AUGGGAGAAGUUCAUUUGUUAGAAAAUCAGUAUAAAGCACAGAAGAUGGAAAGUGAAAAGUUAUGGAGGCUUAUUGCUAGCUUCAAAUCUGAUAUUGAAAAACUGAGGACUGUAUUGCCAGAUAACAUUAGUGAAGUAUCAACCACAAUUUGUGAACAUGGUAGUACUUCAGAGGAAAUGCAAAAUUUGUGCAAUGAACUGAUUGCAGCUAAAGAAGAAAAUAGGAGACUUCAAGACAUUGUGGAUAAUCUCAGAAGAGGCAUUGACACAAUGCAGCAUAAACUAAUAGAAAUAAAUAUUGAAAAUGAUCAUAUUCUGAUGCAGAAUCAGAGGAGUUCAUCCAUUCUCUCUUCUGGAAGGCAUGAAAAUGAACAGCUAAAAGUUGAAGCGGAUGACUUGACGUCUAGAUUGACAAAAUUUGUGACAGAUUAUCCAGAACAAAGCAAGCUAUCUGCUGACACAGAUAGUAUUAAGGAACUGACUAAAGAAGUCAGAUGCCUCCAUGAGAAAUUAAUAGUAAAUAUAACAAACUGCACUGUUGAAACCAUCAAGGAAGAAAAUUUAAGAUUAGAGAAACUUCUAAAGCAAAGAGAGUCAGAAAUUGCAGCACUUAGGGAACAAACGUCGGAAGAGGAUAAAAAAUGCACAUUAUGCACAUGUUGUGCUGCUAAUGAUACAAUAUUGAAGAAAUUAGAUGAACUAGAAGCUCAUUUAAUGCCUUUGAUGUCAGAUAUAUACAAUUUGAGACAGAAAACAUCUGCAAAAGGACCACCCACUCAUUUGGAAAUCCCUAUAGAGGUAAUUAGUGCAUCCAGAAAGAUAGAUGUUGGUCAAAGUAUUGACUCUUUAGAUGAUGAAUCAGGUACAAAGAAACUUUUAAGUCAUCUGGAAGCUGAAAAUGAAUUACUAAAGAAACACCUUGAAAGAAGGACUACAUAUACCCCUGAAAUAAUGCAUCAGCUGCAAGAAGAAAAAGAGUUACUCGAAAAACAACUUAAAUCUACAACCCAAAUUAGGGAAAGUAUUGCCAAGAAAUCAAUCAGAUUUGCAGAGAAACCUGUGGACAUAAUUGAAAUUCCACAGCAACAAAGUGUUGAUAUACCACAUAUUGCUGAAGUAGCUCAAAAGAGUUUUGGAACAUCCAUUGCAGAAGAUGAAGAGGAAAGGAUGAUUAAUGAACUGACAAAUGUAAUUGAAUUGUUGAAAAAGCAGCUUAAUGAUGCAAAUAAAACAAUGAGUCAGCUACAAGAAGAAAAUGAGUUACUCAAAAAUCAGCCUGCUACUGCGGAAGUAGACAAUGAAAGGAUUUUUAAUGAAUUGAGAAAUCACACUGAAUCAUUGCAAAAGCAGCUUAGUGAUGCAACUGAAACAAUGGUUCAGCUACGAGAAGAGAAUGAAUUACUCAAAAAACGACGAAAAACAACCAGAAUAAUGGAAAGUGUUCCAGUAGAAAUAAUCAAAUAUGUAGAGAAACCUGUGGAAGUAAUUAAAGAAUCACAGCAACCAACUAUUGAUAUAGCACAUAUUGUUGAAGUAGCUCAAAAGAGUGUUGGAACAUCCAUUGCAGAAGAUGAAGAUGAAAGGAUGAUUAAUGAACUGACAAAUGUAAUUGAAUUGUUGAAAAAGCAGCUUAAUGAUGCAAAUAAAACAAUGAGUCAGCUACAAGAAGAAAAUGAGUUACUCAAAAAUCAGCCUGCUACUGCAGAAGUAGACAAUGAAAGGAUUUUUAAUGAAUUGAGAAAUCACACUGAAUCAUUGCAAAAGCAGCUUAGUGAUGCAACUGAAACAAUGGUUCAGCUACGAGAAGAGAAUGAAUUACUCAAAAAACGACGAAAAACAACCGGAAUAAUGGAAGUAGCUCAAAAAAGUGUUGGAACAUCCAUUGCAGAAGAUGAUGAUGAAAGGAUCAUUAAUGAACUGACAAAUGUAAUUGAGUUGUUGAAAAAUGAACUUAGUGAUGCAACUAAAACAAUGAGUCAGCUACAAGAAGAAAAUGAAUUACUCAAAAAUCAGCCUGCUAUUGCAGAAGUGGACAAUGAAAGGAUUUUGAAUGAAGUGAGAACUCGCACUGACUCAUUGAAAAAGCAGCUUAGUGAUGCAACUGAAACAAUGGUUCAGCUACGAGAAGAGAAUGAAUUACUCAAAAAACGACGAAAAACAACCAGAAUAAUGGAAGUAGCUCAAAAAAGUGUUGGAACAUCCAUUGCAGAAGAUGAUGAUGAAAGGAUCAUUAAUGAACUGACAAAUGUAAUUGAGUUGUUGAAAAAUGAACUUAGUGAUGCAACUAAAACAAUGAGUCAGCUACAAGAAGAAAAUGAAUUACUCAAAAAUCAGCCUGCUAUUGCAGAAGUGGACAAUGAAAGGAUUUUGAAUGAAGUGAGAACUCGCACUGACUCAUUGCAAAAGCAGCUUAGUGAUGCAACUGAAACAAUGGUUCAUCUUAGAGAAGAGAAUGAAUUACUCAAAAAACGACGAAAAACAACCAGAAUAAUGGAAAAUGAGCUUAGUGAUGCAACUAAAACAAUGAGUCAGCUACAAGAAGAAAAUGAAUUACUCAAAAAUCAGCCUGCUAUUGCAGAAGUGGACAAUGAAAGGAUUUUGAAUGAAUUGAGAACUCGCACUGACUCAUUGCAAAAGCAGCUUAGUGAUGCAACUGAAACAAUGGUUCAUCUGCGAGAAGAGAAUGAAUUACUCAAAAAACGACGAAAAACAACCCGAAUAAUGGAAGUAGCUCAAAAGAGUGUUGGAACAUCCAUUGCAGAAGGUGAUGAUGAUAGAAUCAUUAAUGAACUCACAAAUGUAAUUGAAUUGUUGAAAAAUGAGCUUAGUGAUGCAACUAAAACAAUGAGUCAGCUACAAGAAGAAAAUGAAUUACUCAAAAAUCAGCCUGCUAUUGCAGAAGUGGACAAUGAAAGGAUUUUGAAGGAAUUGAGAACUCGCACUGAAUCAUUGCAAAAGCAGCUUAGUGAUGCAACUGAAACAAUGGUUCAUCUACGAGAAGAGAAUGAAUUACUCAAAAAACGACGAAAAACAACCAGAAUAAUGGAAAGUGUUCCAGUAGAAAUAAUCAAAUACGUAGAGAAACCUGUUGAAGUAAUUAAGGCACCACAGCAACAAACUGUUGAUAUAGCACAUAUUGAUGAAGUAGCUCAAAAGAGUGUUGGAGCAUCCAUUGCAGAAGGUGAUGAUGAAAAGAUCAUUAAUGAACUGACAAAUGUAAUUGAAGUGCUGAAAAAUGAGCUUAGUGAUGCAACUAAAACAUUGAGUCAGUUACAAGAAGAAAAUGAAUUACUCAAAAAUCAGCCUGCUAUUGCAGAAGUGGACAAUGAAAAGAUUUUGAAGGAAUUGAGAACUCGCACUGAAUCAUUGCAAAAGCAGCUUAGUGAUGCAACUAAAACAAUGGUUCAGCUACAAGAAGAGAAUGAAUUACUCAAAAAACGACGAAAAACAACCAGAAUAAUGGAAAGUGUUCCAGUAGAAACAAUCAAAUAUGUAGAGAAACCUGUGGAAGUAAUUAAAGCACCACAGGAAGAAAGUCUGGAAAUACCACAUGUUGCUGAAGUAGCACGAGACGUAGACACUGGAAGGAUCUUUAAUGAACAGAGAAAUCAGAUUGAGUCAUUGGAAAAGCAGCUUAGUGAUGUAAUUGAAAGAAUGGGUCACCUACAAGAAGAGAAUGAAUUACUCAAAAAACAAUUAGAUACAACACAAAUUAAGGAAAGUGUUCCUAAAGAAAUCAUCAAAUAUGUAGAGAAACCUGUGGAAGUAAUUAAAGCACCGCAGCAACAAAAUGUUGAAAUACAAGGUAUUUCUAAAGUGGAACAACUGACUGGUGGAACAUCUACUGGAGAAGCAGAAAUUGAAAGCACUCUUGAUGAACUGAGAAGUCAAAUUGAGUCAUUGCAAAAGCAGCUUAGUGAUGCAAAUAACAUGAUUAAAAGUCUUGAAAGUACCCUUAAUGAACUGAGAAACGAAAAUGAAUCAUUGAAAAAUGAGUUAAGUAGUUCGAAUGCCAAGGUACUACAGCUUGAGGAUAUAAUUAGAAAGCUUACAGAUGGAAAUGAUGCUCUUAAAUCAAUGCAAACUAAAGAUGAAAUAUCAGCAUCAGUAAAACAAAUUCCUGCUGACAAAAUCAUGGAGACUGUUCCACAGGUAUUGGCAGCUCCAGAACCAUCCUCUGUAGAGCCUGAAAGUGGAAUGGUCAUCAGACAGCUCAAAACAGAGAAUGAGUCAUUGAGGAAAGAUCUUGAGGAUGCAAGAAAGGCCUUACAUACGACAAGUGAUGAUGAAAGUGAAUAUGAGAAAACUAUUACUGAGCUCAGAACUGAAAAUGAGCGACUACUAAAAGAAAUCGAAGAGGCAAGAGUGAAGCGUCAAAGAGAUCCAGAUAGCACAAAAAUUAUUAAUCAGAUGAAUCAAGAAAAUGAAAUGUUGAGAAAACAGGUUGAAGAUCUAAAAAUGGCUCACGCUAGACGAUCUACUGUAGGCACUAUUAGUGAUAAAGCAUAUGAACAAUUAAUGAAAGAUAAUGAAGCAUUGAGACAAAGGCUUGAAAAUGCAAGAGCGAGCAUAGGCCUGCAGCCCAAAAGUGUAACACAUGAAGCAGAUGUUGUUCAACUAAGAAUAGACAAUGAAACAUUGAGAAAACAGCUUGAAGAUGCACGAAAAUUGGCACAGAGUAGUCAAGAAGAAGUUUUGUCUGCUGAAACUGAUGACACACAAAUUAUCGAUCAGUUAAGGGAAGAGAACGAAUUUUUGAAGAGGAGGCUUGAGUCCUUAACUGAUAUUACAAGCAGCAGUGCAAAAGAAGUUGUGAAGUACGUGGAAAAACCUGUGGAAAUAAUUAAAACAGACAUAGAUAGUGAAAAAAUUAUUAAUGAACUAAGAAAUCAGAAUGAGUCACUACAGAAUGAACUUAAAGAUGCAAAUACCAUUAGAAGGGAACUUGAAGAGGAAGUCAGGAAGUUCAAAGAUGGAAAACAGACACCAUUACUCCAAGCAGAGCAAAUUGCAUCAUUUGAUGAAAAAAGCAGAGAGAAAGAGAUGAGUCAGCUUAUGGAAGAUAACAAGUUAUUGAACAAACAACUUCUUGAUGCAACAAGUACAAUUGAAGAACUUACAGUGAAUACCACUAAUCUCAAAGAUGAAAUCCAGAGACUUCAAUCUAGAAAAAUAUCUGAUCUUCCAUCGGUAGUAGAGGACCAUACCCAAGAAUUUCAGAAACUGGAGGCUGAACUAGAAGCUCUCAGAGAUGAAAACAGACGUCUGCAUAGAGACAAUGAAAAGCUUACAUUAGAAGUAGAGACUCUGACAGAAGAGCAAAUCCCAUCUGCAGUUGCAUUGUGGAAAACUGAAGAGAAACAACUGGAAACAGUUGUAGAUGAACAAAAGCGGCGCAUUACUACUCUACUUUCAAAAAUGGGCAAGAAAGAACAACCAGGAGAGGUCGCUGCCUGGACACGUGAGAGGGAACAUCUCCUAGAUACAAUUAGGCAGCUGACAAAAGAAGCAAAAGAAGCAAAAGAGGCAUAUGAAGAGAAAGAAGAAAUGGAAGAUGUUCAUUCAGUUGAGUAA